AUGGAGAUCAGUAUGAUCACAGUACUCGGGGUGACUGCAUGCUGUGCUGUGGCUCUCUUGAUUACUUUUGCCACAGUGUACUACUGGAGGCCUUCACAAAUACUCAAGCUCCUGAUAUGGUCCAUGUAUAAACUUAGACAUGUGAAGGUAAAAUAUGUCAAGCAUGAGAGCUACAAGUUCUGUUACUUCAGCCGUGGGAAGCCAGGACCGCAGCCGUCUAUACUGAUGUUCCACGGGUUCUCACUUGACAAAGACAGUUGGUUGCCUAUAAUGAAAUAUAUUCCUGAGGAGGUGCACGUGGUCUGUGUGGACCUGCCUGGGCACAGGGGAACAACUCGCUUGCCAGGAGAGGGCUACACAGCACUUGAGCAGGCUAAGCGGAUGCACCAGUUUGUUGAGUGCACUGGUCUGAACAAGAAGCCUUUCCACCUGGUUGGCAUCUCCAUGGGUGGAAUGAUUGCUGGUGUUUAUACUGCUCUUUAUCCGUCGGACGUCUACUGUUUGUCCCUCCUUUGUCCAGCUGGUCUAAGAUAUCCAAUGGAUAAUGACUUCGUGAAGCACUUGAAGGAGCUGGAGAAAUGCAAGGACUACAAGGAUAUCCCUCUCAUUCCUGUGACUAUAAACCAGUUAGAAGAAAUGUUCAAACUUGGCCUCUACCGUCCCCCACUGAAUCUAAACAAACAGUUCCUGAAGGUAUUUCUUGACUAUCGGAAACCACAUAUUCCUUUUUUCAUUAAAUGCUUUUUAGAUGUCUCCAGUAUGGAGUCCAGGUACAGCCUUCAAGACAAUAUAAGCAAGAUAACAGCUCCAACACAAGUUCUCUGGGGGAAACACGACAAGGUGCUUGAUCCAGCUGGUGGAGAAAUUUUGGGCAACGCCAUUCCUAGCUGCCAACUGCACAUGCUGGAUAGAUGUGGACAUCUUAUUACAAUAGAGAGACCAAGGAAAGCCACAAAGCUAAUCUUGGAAUUCCAUGCUUCUGUUUGUGGCACAAAGAAGAAUACGUAG